AUGAACAUCGUUGGCGAAACGGGUGCCGAUGAAUUCUCCCCAACCCAUUUUUCUAACGCCCUGACUAUUCCAACAUACCGUGAUGGGGAUCAGCUACUGGCCCGUCCUUUCACGGGACGCCUGGUUAUCUCAAAAACACAAAACCCGAGGAACAUCGCCGAUGGACCGUUCCAACACGCCCACCACACCAAAGAACCCUUCUUUGUAUGGCUAGGGGAGAGACCUGAGCAUUCCGAACAUUUCAACAACUACAUGAGCGGAUAUCGUCAAGGGAAGCGCCGCUGGAUGGACGAAGGCUUUUACCCACUGAAAGAAAGACUCGGAGCCGACACGCCAAAUGACGACAAAAAUCCAGUCCUCCUUGUGGACGUAGGAGGCGGUCUGGGUCACGAUCUAGAGGAGCUGAAAGUCAAGCAUCCAGGCAUUCGGGGUCGCUUAGUGCUACAGGACCAGCCGGAAGUCAUCGCCCAAAUCGGCAAGGCUUCGGAUGGCACUGAGUUGACUACCCAUGACUUCUUCACUCCACAAUCUGUCAAAGGUUCGCAUCAAAAUUGGUUUGAGUUGCGCGAGAAGCUGACUGGGCGUGACCUAGGUGCUAGAGCAUAUUAUCUGCACUCCGUCCUCCACGACUGGGAUGAUGCUUCGUGUCUCAAGAUUCUUCGAAACGUUGUGCCUGCUAUGCGACCCGGAUACUCAAAGCUGCUUAUCAACGAGAACGUCGUUCCCGACGUCGGAGCGGCGUGGUCGAUCACAUCGAUGGACUGGUUGAUGAUGGCUUUGGGCGCCGUCAGGGAGCGGACGGAAAAGCAGUGGAGGGGUUUGCUUGGGCAGGCAGGACUGAAAGUUACAGGGGUCUGGACUUAUGAACAGGGAACUGAGAGCUUGAUCGAAGCGGAGACUGAGACUUGA